AUGUUCCUUAGCAGCGAAAUGGAUAGUGUGGCCGAAUCAGAACCGAAUGCAUCGCGCGUGUCGACGCGCCAACGGCCCGUUCCCAUGGACUGCUGCUUGCGCGGUCUUGAUGUUGCAGUAAUCGGCGCUCCCAAUGUCGGGAAAUCGCUACUUACAAACCAGCUAGUUCGAGCCGCCGUUUCUUCCGUGAGUAGCAAGAUGGACACUACAAUUCAGAAUGUGAAUGCCAUCCUGACAGAAGACAACGUGCAGCUAAUUCUGGUUGAUAGUCCUGGAACGGUUGGUCAACGCCACGCAAGAGAAACCAUGGCCCUGAAUCACAAUAAAGUUUUGACAGAACCAGAGAGAGCUCUUCAGAGAGCGGAGCACAUCCUUGUAGUGCAAGAUGCAACUGCUACUGGUGAUUACAUACAUCAUCGUGUUUUGCACCUUCUUCAUCGUUACUCUCACAUACCAUCAUCCCUUAUAAUAAAUAAGGUGGACAUGAUACCUAGACGCAGCGAUUUGCUCGAACUUACUCGUAUUCUAACCAAUGGCCAUGUCGCUGGAGCUCCCAUCACAGUCGUCGAGAAAGCGAUUGGGCGACUCGGAAUACCAUCCAAAAUGUUAACAUUGCAUGAUGAUUCCAUCAAACUGCAAGAUCAUAAUUGGCAGCAGCGGUUUCGAUGUGCAAUAGCUAAACCUUCGUAUCAAAUUGGCUAUGGAGAAACUAAGCAGCUGUUUUCGAAUAUUCGCGGAUGGAGCAAUUUUAGUGCUGUUUUCUUCGCUUCCGCCCUAACUGGCGAAGGAGUAGAAGUAUUGCGACAACAUCUGAAAGACCUCUCCAUGGGAAAAGUAUGGCAGCAGGACGAAAUGGCCAUAACUACAAAGAGCCCACAACAAAUUUGUCUCGAUUCGGUUCGAGCGGCUCUUCUUGACACUGUUCCUUCCAAUGUCGCGUACUGCCUUAGACCAAAAAUCUGUGAAUGGGUUGAAGAUGGAGAUGUCUUGAAAAUUGUAGUGGAGAUUCCGUGCGAGAAGGAACGUAUAGGACGACUUGUGCUAGGGAAGGGCGGCCAACGCAUUGCGGAGAUCGGAAGACGUGUUAAUGAUCACAUGCACAAUCUUUUUACGAGGCAACUAUUUGUUCGUGUUCUUAUCAAACAUAAGGGUCAGAUUGUGAAUGUUUUAAAUUAA